GAUAGUUGCAUUAAUUUACAUUUUUUUUGUUAUUUUGUAUUGUUUCAUUGGUUCUGAGAUGGUGAAGAAGAGUAUGCAUGUGCUGAUGAUGACUUGCUUUACUUGUAUAGUUGUAUGCAUGCAUGUAUUGACUUGCUUGGUGGUGGAUGAGUGAGUGUGUGAGAGAGUGGGUUAACUGUGUUCUGUUUCCACGUAAAAGUUUAAUACUUUUGUGAAUUUUGUAAAUUCUUCACAGAAUUUGGUUUUGAGAGGUUUAUAUUUCAGGCACUUAAUGCCAGAAUAAUUUGGAAUUUGAUCGAGAAAUGAAGAAAAGCUGUGCUAGUUUACUUACAAUGGGGAAUAUAGUUUUAUCAAUCUUAGUUUUGUCAAGAGUUCUUUUUUUCUUCAGUGAACACUGGAAUUCGUGGUGUUCCUUUGUUUUCAUUUGAUUUGAUUUGUUCUGCUCUUAUAUCUCUACUUAACUUGUUAUCACUUCAUAGUUCAUAAUUUUGCAGUUGUUUUUGAUAUGUGAUUCAACUGUUCAAUAUAUCAUACUAUUAGAGGUUCAUUUGGGGUGCCAUGUUGUAAUGAGUAAUUUGUUUUUUUUAUCUUCGUAAUGAGUAAUUUGUGUCUGACAUCAAACUGUUAAUCCUGUCCUAUCAGUCAAAUAUUUGCAUAUAUUCUCAAUUUUUUUAUGUUUAUUUUAUUGUGUCUUAGGGGCACUUGAUUAAGGCCAAAAUGGAUAGAGAAGGAAAAAUAAAUGAUCCUCUACAUUAUACAAUUUGUCAACAUACCUGUUUAUAGAGUCAUUGGUUGUCAUCAAUCUGUGAAUCCUGUCCCAUCGGUCAAAUAUUUAUUCUCAAUUUUUUAAUGUUUAUUCUGUGUCUUGGGAACACUUGAUUAAGGCUAUACAAUCCUCUACAUCAUACAAUUCGUCGGCAUACCUGAUUCUAGAAUUGUUUGUCCACUCCUUUUUUCUAUUGUUUUUAUUUUUAAUUAACUAUGAAUUGUUGUGUACACGUGAAUGUUCAAAAGCUCAGUUGCUAAUCAUCACAUGAAUAAUUGUUUUGAGAUUUGUCCAACCUGCUGAAUUAGUUAAUGAAUAUUACACUUUCAGAGUCAAGAAUGUCUAAAGAAGUUAUUGCUACUCAAUCACCUGCUCCUUUUGAGUAUGAGAUCUUGGAUAGCGAUGCUGAAGUCCUUAGAACUGUUAGAGCCUCAUCGAAUCACACGAAUCCAUGGAUUGAACCUGAAAGGUUGAAACUUAGACACAGAAUUGGCCGAGGCCCCUUUGGUGAUGUCUGGUUAGCAACUCAUCAUCAGUCAACUGAAGAUUAUGACGAGUACCAUGAAGUUGCUGCUAAGAUGUUGCAUCCAAUCAAAGAGGAUCAUGUGAAGAUUGUAUUAGAGAAGUUCAAUGAAUUGUAUUUUAAGUGCCAAGGAGUUGCUAGCAUUUCCUGGCUACAUGGAAUUUCAGUCUUAAAUGGAAGGAUAUGCAUCAUUAUGAAUUUGUAUGAGGGUUCAAUGGGUGACAAGAUGGCAGGACUCAAAGAAGGAAGGAUUUCAUUGCAUGAUGUCCUAAGGUAUGGAAUCAAUCUGGCUCAAGGUGUUCAGGAACUUCACUCUAAAGGGAUCUUCAUUCUGAACCUUAAACCUUUUAAUGUUCUUCUCAAUGGUAAUGAUCAAGCAAUUUUGGGAGAUGUUGGUAUUCCUAGCCUUUUGCUUGGCUCAUCAUUCAUAAGCUCAGACAUGGCUAAGAGGUUUGGAACUCCCAAUUACAUGGCUCCAGAGCAAUGGGAACCAGAGGUCAGAGGUCCUAUAUCUUUUGAAACAGAUUCUUGGGGAUUCGGUUGCACCAUUGUCGAAAUGUUGACCGGUAAUCAACCUUGGUAUGGAUGUCCUGUUGGCAGAAUAUACCAGUCUGUUGUUGAAAAGCAUGAAAAACCCAAUAUUCCAAGUGGCCUUCCUUCUUCAGUUGAGAAUGUCCUCAGUGGAUGCUUUGAGUAUGAUUUGAGGAAUCGCCCUUUAAUGGUAGAUAUUCUGAGUGUCUUUCAAAGUGCUCUGAAUGAACUGACCAAUAAUCAUGGAGAAUGGAGAUAUCAAGGAAAUGGGAAAGUUAUUCCAAAAUCAGGUAGCACUGGCUACACAGAGUGGUUCCUCUCAAAGGAUCAUCUUCAGGUGGGCGACGUGGUCCGAUCUAGAAAGCCUUCCAAUGCAUGCAGACCUCAAAACAUGGACAUCCCAGAAGGAACUGUCGUUGGUUUAGAGCGAAAUGCAGAUCACGGAUUCGCCCUCGUGAGGGUCCAUGGAAUUCAUGACCCUGUUAAAAUUCAUAUGUCAACUCUUGAACGUGUCACAUUUGGCUUAGUAGCUGGUGAUUGGGUCCGCCUGAGGGAUGAAAAUGAGAAACACUCACUGGUGGGCAUUCUACAUGCCGUCAAUCGCGAUGGUAGAGUGGCUGUUGGAUUUCUCGGGCUGCAAACUCUCUGGAAUGGAAACUCUUCGGAACUCGAAAUCGCGGAAUCAUACUGCAUCGGCCAGUUUGUCAGGCUCAAAGACAGCCUUUCAAGUCCUCGAUUCGAAUGGCGUCGCAAAAGGGGAGGAGCCUCGGCCGCUGGCAGGAUUUCAUGGAUUCUACCAAAUGGAUGCUUGGUUGUCAAGUUCCCAGGAAUGCUCCCUUUCGGAAAUGAACCAAGCACCUACUUGGCUGAUCCCUCCGAGGUGGAAGUGGUUGAGUUCAAGACAUGUCCUGGAAUGAUAGAGAAGUACCAACAUGUAGAGGAUCAUCACUGGGCAAUUAGGCCUGUUCUAAUUGCAAUUGGUCUAUUCACUGCUCUCAAACUAGGCAUAUCAGUUGGAAAGAAAGUGAGGAGGAACAACAAGGUAACUGCAAUAGAAACUGAAACUCAAUAUCUUGAUGGUCAAAAUCAAAAUGCUGCCACCUCUGCUACAACUACAACUACUACAAAGAAACCUUCCACUUCCAGUGCUACAAUACCAGUUAGCUCAAUGUGGGUUCCUGCAGUUGCUAAUAUGAUUUUUAAGGAAAGUGUUACCUCGUCCAAUGGUCGGUAGUUUAUUUAUUUUGGUGUUUCUAUCUCAAAACAGUUACAUAAUAAUUAAACAUGGACUUUAAAUUAAAUGGUAGGCACUAAUUAUACAUGAAUAUGACAUCAGGAUUCAGGACUGACUCUGAAUGUUGACAUUGUACAUAUAUCCUUCACAAGAUUAGCUCUAGUACAGUCUCCAAUGCUUUGCACAAUGAACACAAAUUUCGUUA